AUGCCCGUAGUAGCCGACCUCACCGCUACCGUGAUCUCUGCGAUAAGCACCCUUCCACCAUUGGAAAGUAUUGAUCAUGGCGAGCGUAUGCAGCUCCUUGACGCUGUCAACAAACUGCGGGAUACGCUGGAGAGGCCCCUCGACAAGGUCAUGAGAAUUGGCUAUGCGCAAUUUUUGCUUGUGGCUAGCCGCAUCGCCCUCGAUAUGGGGAUAUACGAGGCCUUUGCUGCUUCUCCUUUGCACGAGCUCACCAUCGCGGAGCUCACUACGAAGGUGAAAGGGGAUGAAAAGUUCAUUUCCCGGAUAAUGCGUCUUCUUGAGGCCCACGACUUUUUCGAAGAAACCCGCCCUGGAAACUACAGAGCCGCUCCCCUGGCUUUGGCGCUCAGAAAAGGCACCAACAUGGCAGAGAACCUGGUCUUCCUCAACGAAUACUUGCUUAUCUCGGCCAAGCUUCACGAGUUCUUCGAAGCAACCAACUACCGGAACCCCGAAGAUACAUACAACAGCCCCUUCCAGUAUGCUUACAACACGGCUGAGCACUACUUCACAUGGCUGGGCAAGCGCCCCGAAAAGCAAGCGACGUUCAACGUUGUAAUGAAUAGUGGUCGCGAAUGGGAAAACAACUGGUUCGAGUUCUAUCCUGUCGUUGAGAAGCUCACCGGCGGGCCUCGCGACCCCGAACGAGUGCUCGUCGUCGACAUUGGAGGCAACAUCGGCCACGAAGUGGUUGCCUUUUGCAAGCACUUUCCAGAAAUCCAGGAUCGCCUUGUCCUUCAAGACGUCCCCGCCGUUAUCGAUGGCCUCUCCGGACCACUCGGCCCCAACAUCGAUGCCAUAAGCCACUCCAUGUUUGAACCGCAGCCUAUCAAGGGCGCCCGGGCCUACUACAUGCGGACCGUGCUGCACGAUUGGCCUGAUAAACAGUGCCUCGAAGCCCUCGGACACAUCCGUGAUGCCAUGGAACCGGACUCGGUGUUGUUGGUGCAUGAAAUCCUCUACCCGGAUCGGAAGCUCUACGGUCUCGAAGCAACUAGCACUACGGUGCUUGACUUUAUGAUGAUGGAGGUGUUUUCCUCGCUUGAGCGGACGGAAGCACAGUGGUUAAAUCUCAUUGAACGCGGCGGCUUCAAGAUCAACAAGGUAUACAAGCCCAAGACCGAGUUUCAUUUCUCCCUUGGCUUGUUCGAGGCUGUAGUGGCGUAG